AUGGUAAAUGUCCUGGAGCUGAAUUUGAACCCUUGUGUGCAUCUGGAAAUCACAACUAUCAACUGUGAUGUACCACCCAGGCCACUGGUGCUCUCAAGCUUUUUGGAUGGAUAUACAGGUGAUAUAGAAUGGAUUACAGAUGUCCCACCCAAUGUGCAUCUGAAAUUACAAGAAUUUGUAUUCCCUGAACACUUGAAUUAUGUAGAGCUGGUAACUGAUUCUCGAUCUAGCAAUGCAACUGUGAGGACUAGAAGGGCACUGGAUGUUGAGGCUCUUGAGGGUGAUAUAAUCUGGUAUUCUGUAGUUUGCCAAAGGAUUGGAGCAACUGUCGAGAUAGAGAAUGGACGGAAUGUAGAAUUGAUAGAUGUAAACGACAAUGCUCCAGAAUUUCAGCAAGCUAAUUAUAGUGCUUCAGUAUCAGAGGUAGCUGGAAUUAAUUCCACAGUUAUAAAAGUGGAAGCUGAGGAUAAGGACUUUUCACCAGAAUUCAGCAUCCUUACUUACAGUCUUUGGGGCCCAAACUCUGAUUACUUUUCUAUAAGGGAAGGAGAUGGAAACAUCAUGGUGAAAAAACCACUGGAUUACAAUGAGGUCAACUUUUUCAAUUUAACAGUCCAAGCAAAGGAAAAAUUUGGAAACCAGAGUGCCACUGCAUCAUUAAUAAUUAAUGUGGAAGAUUAUGAUACCUUGAACCCCUAUUUCAGUCAAUCUGUGUACCAUGGGAAUAUCAGUGAAAACCAGGUGGGUCCUCUGUCUACUGUCCCAAAGGUCUUGGCUCAAGAUGGAGACAAAGGUAUAAAUGAAAAGAUAAUUUACAGCAUCAAGCUAGUGAACCCCCCAGCCUAUAACAACAGCUUUUCAAUCAAUGACGCUGGAGUGUUGGAAGUCAAGACCUCAAUUGACAGAGAAAUAUGCCCAAACCUUGUGGUGGGCAUUCAGGCAGCUCAGAAAGACAAGAUUUUCAAAACAGCUGAUGCAGUAGUUCUGGUGACUAUUGGAGAUGAAAAUGAUAAUUAUCCAGUGCUGUCACAAGCAAGUUAUGAUGUCUUACUUCCAGAAAAUUUCCCAAAUGGGUUGGAAGUUCUUCAAAUAACAGCUACUGACAAAGACGAGGUAAAAAGAUGAUGGUUUUAUGGCUGCUACAAGUACUGCACUUCUGAAAUAUAAUGUAAAAUGCAUUUGUGUCAUAUGGCUAUUGUGAAUAGAUUUUUUUUUUUCUGACUGCCUAAAUAUGCUUAAACAAAGCAAACUUAG